AUGGGCUUGAUCGCAAGGCGUCUUGUGUCUCGUUCAUCAAACCUUCACUCACUGAGGUACGGCAAAGGAAUGCCAAUGAUGCCAAUGCCAAUGCAGGCGCCGCUCCCAGUCUACACGGCCCCACCCUCCUUCCAGCCUGGCUCGGAGGAGAUGCAGCGACAAAUGUACGGCGAGCAACUAUACGUCUUGGUGCUUCCAUUGGCUCCAAGCCCUUACCUCGCCCAGAAGAUCACAGGUAUGCUGCUCGAGCUGCCGGAGAAUGAGCUGAUGAUGAAUCUGACGGAUCGGGAGGAGCUGCAGCAUCGGGUGGCGGAGGCGUUGGAAGUCCUGAAGGCUGACGGCAUCACUAGCUGA